GCAGCAUAGUAAAGUAUGGUAUUAAUAAUAAUUUAAAAAGAUUAUGUGGUACAAUCAUCAUUUUAUUGUUUAGAUCUCAUAAACAAUAAAAUGAUAAGUCAAAAAUACUGUGAUCUGAAACACUUAAUUGAAUAGACUGUGUGUCAGUUGUCCUUGGGCUUUCAUCGAAAGAAAAGUCUAGUAGCUACACUAAUUGUAGGACAGCCCCCUAAAAUAAACAUUUACGGUAAAUUCCUUGUUUAUUUAGUCUGUCUCAGUUUUCUGUUUUCCCCGACUUGAACCUGUAGACCUUAUGUUUGCAACAGAUCCUUAUCGAUCAGCUGCCGCCUGUAAAUGACUGUAAACAUUUCCAUUGCUCCCAGCAGAACCUUGAUGCUGCUAAAUUAAAUAUUUUUAAAAUGCUGGAUUCACUAAAUUUGUUAUAUUAAUCUCAGUAAUAAUGAAAUACCGUAAUAGCCUUUCAUAAUGAAGCCUUCAUAUACCACACAGUUACACCCGUUUGCACUUCCUGGUAGGAAUUCCCAGUAUUUGUCACUGUAGAGCGGGAAAUGAACAACCUAAAUACCGGUCCGGAAGCGCUGAUCUCCCGGCUCCGCUAACCGGGCCAUUUAAAAUAAUUCGAAACCGAAAACAGUCGAGUCCACCCCUCUGUUGCGUCAGUCGAUUCACAGAGCUAUUGGCUCAUUCUGCCGCCCACGGCCAACAUUACAAAGAGAUCAGACCAGUUUAAAUCAUGACUGACAACUGCUGCUUCAGGAUUCUCUUAACGCGCUUGCCUUUCACUUCCAAGAACUGUGUUCAAUACGGAAAUACUGUCAAAGACCUAUUUAUUCUGAAAUUAUGCAUGCAAGCAUUUUGUUCUGAUUUAACUGUCGAAAAGCAUUCGUGUACGCUACUUGGAGAUGCCAGCUGCCCUCAUGGACAACUUUGACCAGGGAAGUCCUUUCUCACAAAGUGAUUCUCAAAGUCCUCAUGAUUGGAGCACACAGUCAAAGGACCACAGGCAUCAUCACAGAGAAAAAAACAGAGAUGCAGCUCGCAAGAGUCGCAGAAAACACACAGAAAAGGCAGACUUGCUGCAUGAGGAACUCCAAAAUCUAGAGCAGUCUAAUGCCACAUUCGUAAAAGAAAUUGCUGAACUGAAGAAGGAGCUUCAACUCUACACCACAGCUUUGGAACAACAUAUACCUCACUGCACUAAACUAUGUCCAUUUGAACCAUCGGUUACUGUUACUGGAGGUCCUUCCACAGCUACACCCUCUACCUCAGAUAUAACAUUCAGCACUGACCCUAACUUCUUGCCGGACCUUGCAUUCUUACCAGAAAGUAAUUCAGCGGGCAUAUCUCUAACAGACCUCCUCGACAGUAGCGACUGGUAUCCUUGGGACUCAGUGAAUGGGAACGGGUGCCUGCAGCAAUUCUGAGGUUCUGGACAGUCAGUUAUGUUCUUAUUUGAUGACAAGGCUUACACACUACUGAAUCCUUCAAACAGUUCUUUUUGUUGUGUUCAGAUGCUAAUGGUGCUAAAAUCCCUGAUCCAUUAAGGUGUGAAUAUGUUGUCUAAUUUAUUUAAACAAUACUUACAGAUGGCAAGAUUUAAUUUACAUGUAGCUAUAUUUUACAUAUGGGCAUUAUUUUUUUUAACAUGUAAGACCACAGCCUAAAUGUUAGGCUUAGUGAUUCCAUACUUUAAUCCAAUCCUUUUUGAUUUAUAAUGUGAAAAUGUUCAGUUAUUUCAUAAAUUAUAUUUUAAUAAUUUUAAGAGUUAUUUUUUAAAAUAUGGCCAGUGACACUCAUUCUCAUCCAGAUAUAUAAAGAUAUUCAAAAAUACUUUUAAGAUUAAAGCAACUGUGUGUA